AGCAUUAUAUAAAGGAGAAGAACACUCAACCCCAAGUGGAAAGGAGAGAUAACAGAGCCUUCUUUCUCCCACACCACAAACCCAGAAACCCCCAAUUAUGGUUGCCGAAUUCCUCCCCAAACCCACUCACAAUUCCGGCGAUUCCGCCGCUGCUCCGGUCAUUCUCGGCCUUCUUCCAGCCGCCCUCGUUGACCACAUAGCACGCGUUGACUCUUCCAUCCUCUCCACAAUUCCUGGCGAACCUGGUGGCUCCUUUCCCGUUGCAGCCGAAGAGUUGAAAGAUAUACUAAAAGAGGUUGAUACCCAUAUUUUAUCUUCACCAAACGAUCUACCCCCCGUAAAAACUAUAGCCGGAGGGAGUGUAACCAACACCAUUAGAGGGCUUGCAGCGGGUUUUGGGAUCUCGUGUGGAGUAAUUGGAGCAUGUGGAGACGAUGAACAGGGUGCUCUGUUCUUGAAAAACAUGAGCCUUUGUGGUGUAAAUAUAUCAAGAUUGAGGGUGAAAGAUGAACAUACGGCUCAGUGUAUUUGCUUGGUUGAUCCGUUAGGUAAUCGUACUAUGAGACCCUGCCUUGCUACUGCUGCUAAAGUACAGGCUGGUGAACUAAAGAGGGAGGAUUUUAAAGGCUCUAAGUGGUUGGUGAUGAGAUAUAGUAUAUACAAUUUAGAAGUUAUUAAUGCGGCUAUCAAAAUGGCCAAACAAGAAGGUGUUCUUAUAUCUCUAGAUUUGGCUAGUUUCGAGAUGGUUCGAAAAUUUAGGGCACCUCUUUUACAACUACUGGAGUCGGGUAACAUUGAUCUUUGCUUUGCCAAUGAAGAUGAAGCAGCUGAACUUUUAAGUGGGGAGGAGGCUGUUCGGCCAGAGGCUGCAAUUGAUGUGUUGGGCAAAUAUUGCCAAUGGGCGGUUGUAACAUUAGGUGCAAACGGAUGUAUCGCAAGACAUAAGAAAGAGGUGGUGAGAAUUCCAGCUGUCGGGCAAACAAAUGCCGUUGAUGCCACGGGAGCAGGCGAUCUUUUUGCAGGAGGUUUUUUGUACGGUUUGGUAAAAGGGUUGUCGCUUGAAGAAUGUUGCAUUGUCGGGUCUUGCAGUGGCGGGUCUGUGAUUCGGUCCCUUGGCGGCGAGGUGUCGGCGGAAAAUUGGCAGUGGAUGUAUAAGCAGAUGAAAACCAACGGUCUUUCUGCUCCUGUCGUCGUACAAGAUCUCUAAGAAGAGUUGUUUGUUGAAUUGAGUCUAAGUUGUUAAGUUAGACAUUCUUGGUGUGUCUAAUUUAUUGAAUGGAUUUAAAGACUUUUAUAAAAAUCUAACAAAUGUCAAGUCUUUUAUUUCGUUA